CAAGUAUUCUCUUCUGCGCUAUUCUUUCUUACAAUGUCUUUCCUUCCUUUUCUUUUCUCAAAUGCUGGGUGGGUCCCUCCAUCACUCACUUCACUUCAUAAUCAUAAUCCCAUUCUUCAAUUGCUUUCUUAUACUACUUGUGCUUCCUCCGCCUUUUCUUUUCUUUUCUCAGGCUGAAGUUACUGCACAAGUCAUGCCUAAAUCAGGUGGCAAGAGAGUGGUGUACGAAUGUUGGUGGGAAAUUAAAAGUAGUUACCAGUUUGGAGCAAAGCUAAUGAUAAAAUGUUUCAUACUCCUUAUCUUAUUAAGUUUCAGUCUUUCAUCCAAGGAGCCUGAUGUUGAAGGCGAAGCUUUGAUGGAGAUUUUAAGGACUCUCAAUGAUACUGGUGGUCGUAUAACAGAUUGGAAUGAUCAUUUUGUGAGCCCUUGUUUUAGUUGGUCUCAUGUCACUUGCAGAAAUGGAAAUGUCAUGUCCCUGUAA